GGUCGGCCACCCCUUUUGUCUACCAGAUCAUAUCUGUAAGUCUUUGAAGCCUAGUUUGAUAACCAGGACCAACACUACUAGAUCCUGAGAUUGGCAAAGAUGUCCGACUCCAACCAAUCCCACUCCCUUAGCCCGGGCUGGUCCACCGACGGCUCUUCCUCCCAUCCUCCGCCUCUCUCCCCAACCGCGCAGCUCAAACUCGCCCUCGCCAGCAAGUCCAGCCACGCAGUCCUCUCGCACUGUCUCGGUCUCUCGACACUCGAAGGCAUGCCUGCUGCAGCCAACAACAUGAUUGUCGUCAACUUCGACACCGAGAACUGGGUCUGCAACCACAACAUGCUGACCGAGAUCGGCGUGUCCACGUUCGACUCGCGGGAUAUGCGCGCGCUGCCAGGUCCGGGUAUGCAUGGAGAAGAGUUGCUGAAGCAGGUGUACUUCUACCAUGCGCGUAUUCUGGAGAAUGCACAUCUGUUGAAUUUGAAGUGGUGUCCUGGAGAUCCGGAGGCCAACCGCUUCGGUAGCACUCGUUUCCUGACCAAGUCCGAGGCCAAGGACAUGCUCACCGCGAUGUUCCAAUGGCCCGUCGACGAGAAAGAUACUUCGGAGGGUUUCUGUCCUGUUGUUGUCAUGGGUCAUGCCCUCCAGGGUGAUAUGGCUAUGCUGAACUCUACUCUUAGCUUCAACGCUAUGGCUCUGGGUACAGUCGUCAAGGUCAUCGACACUCAGUACCUAGCCAAAGAGUGUGGAUACGAUUCCUGGGGCGGCAACAAGAUCGGUCUUAGUAGCCUCGUCGGCAUGUGCGGCUUCUCUUAUCGGGAUGCUCAUACCGCUAGCAACGACGCUGCUAUGACACUCAUUGCUGCUGUCCAGAUGGUGCUUCCUUCCGACUUCAAGCCCGAGGAAGGCGGUCAUCUCCAGGAGGUUGUCGAUGCGAUCGAGCUGCUUAGUCAGGUACAAGAGUGGGGCUGGGGUAGCGAUCUCUUCUGUCUUCGCUGCGGCAAGUAUGGUCAUACCAAGGAGAACUAUUGUGGCAAGCGCUGCUACGCCAAGGUCAAGUGCGAUCACUGUGCCUCUUCUCAGUCGGACAGGCGCAAGCAGGCUAAGGGUACUCAUAUGACUGAGCGUUGCAUCUCGUAUGCUAUGCGUGGUCCUGAGGUGGUUCCCUCGAUUGAGAAAGUCGCCAAUGCGGUGGCUGCUCUUGACCUUGCAGGUUUCUAG